CACUUGCUGUGUGCCAGGGAAGGAAACUGAGGCUCAGAGAGUCUAAGUGUUUCCCGAAGGUCACACAGAAACCUGAGGCUCUGAGAUUCCAAAGUUAUCACACUCUGGACCACAAUGUCAUCCAUCCCAGAGUAGGGACCUAGAAGCAUGCUCUGGAGCGAUGCUGCUCCAAGGAAAUUCUGAACUCGAUCAGGAGUCUCUCAGACAGGCAUUUCAGGCAGGACCGCCGGAGUACCUGCGGAGCGUCGCCGGAGAACCGAGCAACCGGAUUCAACUUCGCAACAUCCGUCCAGAUUGGGGAACUGAGCACAUUGACGUUCCCGGGGUCUCGCGCCCAGAAAGUGCAGCCACAAACGGGAUUGCAGCCCCAGUUUCCUGCCCUUCCUCCUUCCUAUCAGAUCUACACAUCUUGCCGUAACGUCUGAGGGCCUGGCACCGGAUGGGCGCGCAGGAGGAGCUCAGUUAAUGCGCCCUUGCGAAUGAGUGCAAGAAAUCGGCGGCCAAUAGAGAUGAGACACGUGCCGAUCCUCAAGUUGGGGACCGCAGAGGGGCGAGCAUUUAUUGAGCCUUUACUGCAUGCUCCGACGGGCCAGCAUUUAUCUCCAUUUUACAGUUGAGGAAUCAGAGGCUCAGAGAGGUGAAGUGACCACCCCAAGGCCACACAGCUCCUAAGUGGCUGAAACUCAGUUGGAAACCUGGAGUGCCCGGUUCCCACUCCACACCAAGUGAAGUUCCAGAGAACGGAAGAGGGAAGAGUCGGUCAGCAGCCCACCCUGCAGGCCGCUUUUGCUGCUGGCCGUGUGGACCUGCACCGCUGCAGAAGGAGAAGUGUGGAGCGUGAGGGCCGGCCCGUGGGGCUGAUGGCUGGCAGGCGGCUGCACUUGCCCUGGGUGCCAAGCUUGCUCGGGGUGCUGCUGAUGGUGGAGACAGCGUUGGGGGCCAGGGGCCCGUCUACAGGGGCCCACCUUAGCCCCCAGUUUCCAGCCUCAGGUGUGAACCAGACCGCCGUGGUAGACUGUCGAGAUGUGUGUGGCCUGAACGCCUCUGACCGCUGUGCCUUCAUCCGGACCAACCCUGACUGCCACAGCGACGGGGGGUACCUGGACUACCUCGACGGCAUCUUCUGCCACUUCCCCGCUGACCUCCUCCCUCUGGCCAUCGCCCUCUACGCUCUCUGGCUGCUGUACCUGUUUCUGAUUCUAGGAGUCACUGCCGAGAAGUUUUUCUGCCCUAAUUUGUCUGCCAUUUCCACCACGCUCAGGCUUUCCCACAACGUGGCAGGCGUCACCUUCCUGGCAUUUGGGAACGGCGCGCCGGAUAUCUUCAGUGCCAUAGUGGCCUUCUCGGAUCCGCGCACGGCCGGCCUGGCCUUGGGGGCCCUGUUUGGCGCGGGCGUGCUGGUCACCACCGUGGUGGCCGGCGGCAUCGCCAUCCUGCGCCCCUUCACGGCCGCCUCCAGGCCCUUCCUCAGAGACAUUAUUUUCUACAUGGUGGCCGUGUUCCUGACCUUCACUGCACUCUACCGCGGCCGAGUGCCCCUGGCGUGGGCGCUGGGUUACCUAGGCCUGUAUGCGUUCUAUGUGGUCACUGUGGUUCUCUGCACCUGGAUCUACCGAUGGCAGCGGAGGAGGUCCCUGGUCUACUCCAUGCCGGGGACGCCAGAGAUGCUCUCAGAGUCUGAGGAGGACCGAGUGUCUUCCAAUACCAACAGCUACGACUACGGGGAGGAGUACCGGCCGCUGCUCUUCUCCCAGGAGACCACGGUUCAGAUCCUGAUCCACGGCCUCAACCCCCUGGAUUACAGGAAGUGGAGGAGCAAGUCAGCAUCCUGGAGGGCCCUCAAGGUGCUCAAGCUGCCCGUGGAGUUCCUGCUCCUCCUCACCGUCCCCGUCAUGGACCCCGACAAGGACGAUGGCAACUGGAAGCGGCCCCUCAACUGCCUGCACCUGGUGGUCAGCCCCCUGGUCUUGGUCCUGACCCUGCAGUCGGGGGCCUAUGGCGUCUAUGAGAUAGGUGGCCUCGUUCCCGUGUGGGCCGUGGUGGUCAUCGCGGGCACGCCUGUGGCUGCAGUGACCUUUUUUGCCACAUCCAACAGGCAGCCCCCCAGGCUUCACUGGCUCUUUGCUUUCCUGGGCUUCCUGACCAGCGCCCUGUGGAUCAACGCAGCCGCCACCGAGGUGGUGAACAUCUUGCGGUCCCUGGGCGUGGUCUUCCGGCUGAGCAACACUGUCCUGGGGCUCACGCUGCUGGCCUGGGGGAACAGCAUCGGAGAUGUCUUCUCAGAUUUCACGCUGGCCCGCCAGGGCUACCCGCGGAUGGCGUACUCGGCCUGUUUCGGUGGCAUCAUCUUCAAUAUCCUGGUGGGGGUGGGGCUGGGCUGCCUGCUCCAGAUCUCCAGGGGCCACACGGAGGUGAAGCUGGAGCCGGACGGACUGUUGGUGUGGGUGCUGGCCGGCGCCCUGGGCCUCAGCCUCGUCUGCUCCCUGGUCUCGGUCCCGCUGCAGUGCUUCCAGCUGAGCAAAGCCUACGGCCUCUGCCUGCUCCUCUUCUACGUGAGCUUCCUCAUUGUGGCCCUGCUCACUGAAUUUGGAGUGAUUCACUUGAAAAGUGUGUGAGCGAAGCUGUGUCCGCCUGGCGGCGGGGAGGUGUCACCGCAGGCGGUGCGACGGAGGAUGGACGACGGAGGGCGGAAGCAUCUGCAGUGGAGCCGCCCAGCAGGCGUGGCGGGGCAGGGGCUGUGGCCCAGUUGGGGGGCUCCCUGCUAGAUGCUCCCAGUGGCUGCAGUGAGCCGGGAGCACAGCUCAGCCUUAUUUCUGGGACUUUGGAGACCGGGCCUCACCGUGGACGGGGUUCCAGACAGAAGCCAGGAGACAUCCCUGAAUUAUCUCCAGAGCCUCUCGAAGGUUGGGGUUCGGGGUUUAGGGGAUGACUGGGUGCCUUCCAGCCCAGUGCUGCUGGGUGACCCCCAAAGUGUUCAGGGCUGGAGCAGCUGUGGAGGCCCAGGCCCCUGCCCACAGUCGCCCUGCUCCCUCCCGCACCUUCUCAGGACUCAAGCAGCUGCCAAGCCCAGCGUUAGGGAGUAUGCGGCUCGGGCCAGUGGACGGGACACGUUCUGUGCCAUGGCCUCGGGCCAACCAGGGCUGAGCUCUGGGGCUGCACCAUCCAACAGAAAUAGCCAAAUUUUGAACUCACUAGUCGCCACGUUAAUAAAGCCGGAAGAAACAA